AUGGCGCCCAGCCGGAACACCCAGAGCAGCUCCUCCGCCGUGAAGAGCGAGCCCGCCGCGGGAGCCGCACCGACGGGGCUCUACGGAGAAGCACACAGGUUCGAUGCUUCCUUCAGAGGUCCAGUCCGCAGAAGAAGCUGCACUGAUAUCUUGUGUUGUUUGAUCUUCAUCAUUGCCAUACUCUCAUAUGUGGCCCUGGGAAUAGUGGCCUGGUUACAUGGGGAUCCCAGGAAGGUGCUCCACCCGACAAACAGCUAUGGCCAGUUCUGUGGUCAGAAGGGCUCUCCCAAUGAGAAGAAACCCAUCCUUUUCUACUUCAACAUCUUGAAAUGUGCCAACCCAUCUCUACUCAUCAACCUGCAGUGCCCCACAACUCAGAUGUGUGUGUCAAAGUGCCCUGACAGGUUUGCCACAUACACUGAGAUGCAGAUGCAACACACACUCAGCAAGAGCUACUGGGAAUAUUACAGAGACUUCUGUAAGCCUGGCUUUAAUAACCCUUACAAGCCGGUCUCUCAGGUGCUGCGAGACGAGGACUGCCCCUCCAUGCUCGUUCCUAGUAGACCAUUUCUCCAGAGAUGUCUCCCUGACUUCACCUCUUUGAAUGGGACGGUGACUGUGGCUAACAGGACCAGCUUUAAAGACGCUCUGGAAACGGCCCACAGUGUCACUGAACUCCAACAUGCAGCCAAGGGUAUAACAGGACUGGUGGACACCAAGGAGCUGGGGAUGAAGAUAGUGGAAGAUUAUGCCAAGACAUGGGCAUGGAUAAUCAUAGGUCUGCUCUUAUCCCUGGCUGUGAGUCUGAUCUUCAUCCUGCUGCUGAGGUUCACAGCGGGCCUGCUGCUGUGGACCACCAUCCUCACCUUCUUACUGCUGCUGGCCUGCGGUAUGUGGUACUGCUCCAUGCAGUUGUCCAGGCUGAGAAACACACCCGGCUCUGAUGUUGCCAUAGUAGCAGUGGGCAUGCAGACUGACCUGCAGGUCUACCUGCAGCUCUCUCAGACAUGGAUCCUAUUAUUGGUGUCUCUGGCAGUGACAGAAGCGUGCAUCCUGUUGAUGUUGAUCUUCCUACGGAGAAGAGUGCAAGUGGCCAUCGCCCUGCUCAGAGAGGCCAGCAAAGCCAUCGGUCACAUCAUGUCCACGCUCUUCUUUCCAGUGGUCACCUUCCUCCUUCUGACUCUCUGCAUCUCAUACUGGGCCGUCACUGCAGUUUACCUGGCCUCCUCAGGUGAAGCAGUCUACAGAGUCAUGUCACCUGAUGUCAGCUGUCAGUAUGCCAACAGCACCUGUCAACCUGAGAGCUUCAACAGGAGCAACGUCUCCACGUCAGCCUCAUGUCAGGGCUCUCAGUGUCUGUUCGCCUUCUACGGGGGGGAGACGUCCUACCACCGACACCUCUUCCUGCUGCAGCUGUCCAACCUGCUGCUCUGCCUCUGGCUCAUCAACUUCAGCCUGGCUCUGGAGCAGUGCACGCUGGCCGGGACCUUCGCCAGCUACUACUGGGCCAGGAGGAAGCCUCAGGACAUCCCCCCGUGUCCCCUCUUCUCCUCGUUCAGCAGGGCCCUCAGGUAUCACACCGGCUCUCUGGCAUUUGGAGCUCUGAUUCUGUCUGUUGCACAGCUGGUACGGAUCAUUCUGGAAUAUGUGGAGCAGAGACUAAAAGGUGUUAACAACGUUGUGUCCAGGUUCCUCCUGCGCUGUCUGCAGUGCUGCUUCUGGUGUUUGGAGAAGUUCAUACGCUACAUGAACCGUAACGCUUAUAUCAUGGUGGCCAUCUAUGGUAAGAACUUCUGUACCUCUGCCAGAGAAGCCUUCUUCCUGCUCAUGAGGAAUGUGGUGAGGACUGCAGUUCUGGACAGAGUGACAGACUUCCUGUUGUUCCUGGGUAAAGCGCUGAUAGCUGGAGGAGUUGGUGUGGUUGCAUUCUUCCUCUUCACUAAGAAGAUCCCUGUUUUCCAGGAAGAAGUGCCCAGUCUCAACUACUACUGGGUCCCCCUGCUGACGGUGGUGCUCGGGGCCUUCCUGAUCGCUCAUGCUUUCUUCAGCGUCUACGCCAUGUGUGUCGACACGCUCUUCCUCUGCUUCUGUGAUGACCUGGAGAGGCAUGACGGUAGUCCAGGGAAACCUUUCCUCAUGUCCCCUCAGCUGCAUAGGGUCCUGGGGAAGUCCUCUCAGUCUCAUCGAUAAGCAAUCCUCCUGCAUCAGAGACGUCCUCACGCAGAGAGACAGAGACGUCCUCACACAGAGAGACAGAGACGUCCUCACACAGAGAGACAGAGACGUCCUCACACAGAGAGACAGAGACGUCCUCAGACAGAGAGACAGAGACGUCCUCACACAGAGAGACAGAGACG